AUGCCCGCCGACCCGCGGCUGCCGUCGGUGCCCGUGGGCGUGCCGGCGCAGCUGCCGCGCCGCCCCCACGUGGAGCGCGACGCCUUCACUGUGCUGCCGCCGCUGCCGCCCGCGCCGCCCCCGCCGCCCACCUCGUACGCCUACCGCCUCGCGCCGGCCGUGCCUGGCCGCGGCAAGCAGGCCGCCUUCGCCGUCGUCGCAGAGAUCACGCCGCCCAAGACACCUCCACCUCCAGAAGGUCGCGUCAGCCCGUUCCGCGGGCGCGGUUUCCGGCCCCCGACGCGCGCGUCCUCCCGGGCGGCGUCGCCGUCGCCGUCGGCGAAGCGCCGGCGGCCGUCGCGCAUCCCCAGGUCGACGUCCGGCUCUCCCGCGCACCGGCCAGCCGCCAGCAAGCACGGCACGCCGCGGGCGUCCAGGCCCGCCUCCCCGGGCAACGCCGCCGGCCCUGAGGGCACGCACGAGGACGAGACCGCUCCGGCGCCCAGCAUCGUCACUAACGGCGCGUCGCAGGACAGCCGGCAGUCGCAGGAGGCGGAGGCCGAGGCGGGGGCGGGAGAGCCGGCGCUCCUGGGCGUGGGCGAGCGGCCGCAGCACGGGCUGUCCGUCCGGGGCGGCCUGGCUCUCAAGAAGGCGCUCGCGGGCCGGGUCGCCGCUUCCAAGGCCGGCCGCGAGCCACCGCCCCCGGCCCCCGCCGCCGAAGACGGGAGCCGCAGCGGCCGCGGAGGCCUCAAGAACGCCGCCAACGCCGCCGCCGUGCGCUCCAGGCUCUCCUCGCCGAAGGGGAGCCGGCCCGCGGCUAGCGAGGAGCCGGUGUCUCGAGGGGCUAGGCCGAGCGUCGGUACCGCCCUCAGAUUGGCGUCGCGUCUGCAGUCGCCGAGGAGCAGGCGGGGCGCGCAGGAGCAGGACUCUGGAGGCGGCGAGGACGGCCGGCGCGCAUCCAUUCCGGAAAGAGACGCGGCGCGUCGCCGGCUGCAGGUGAGGACGACGCAGACGGCGAUGAGCUCGGAGGCGGAGACGGCGGCGGUGGCGGCGUACCGGUGCGCGCGGCUGCGGGCGUGGCGGCGGCAGCUAGGCGCGCCCGCUCCCCCAACGCCGCCAGGGGCUCUACGGGGGCCGGCGCACUGA